AGACUAAAAUAAUCUAAUAGAAUGAAUAGAAUUACAUGUUUGAACAAAUAUUUCCUUAACACAGUGAAACACAAUGUCAGUUUUACUAAGCCGGCACAGCUUUUAACGUUAAGUAGUAAUACACCAAAUAUUUUAUUUGUACGGUCCGCACAUGAACAGAAGAAGAUUGGAUCUACUCUUAACUAUGUUGUAGCUCUCGGUGUUCUUACUGUGGGCUUAAGUUAUGCAGCAGUACCACUAUAUAGAAUAUUCUGUCAGGCUUACAGCUAUGGGGGGACAACAGGACAUGCUGAGCCGAAUGUUACAGUCAGCAAUCUGCCCACAAGAAAAGACAGACCCAUCAAAGUGAGGUUUAACGCUGAUGUUGCCUCUUCAAUGCAGUGGAACUUCAAACCGCAGCAAGUUGAUAUUACAGUGUUUCCGGGUGAGACAGCCCUUGCAUUUUACACAGCCAAGAACCCAACGGACAAGCCGGUGAUUGGCAUCAGCACAUACAAUGUGAUCCCCUUUGAGGCGGGAGCGUAUUUCAACAAAAUACAAUGCUUCUGCUUUGAAGAGCAACAGUUGAAUCCACAUGAACAGGUGGACAUGCCUGUUUUCUUCUACAUUGACCCUGAAAUAGCAGAUGAUCCCAAAUUGGAGUAUGUUGAAGAAAUAGUAUUAUCGUACACAUUCUUUGAAGCCAAAGAGGGACUUAAGUUGCCAGUGCCGUCAUACGCAAAGUGAAAUAGAUGUAACAUGUAGAUUAUGUUGUACAGCAGAAAAUGUAAUUUAUUAUUUAAGUACUGGUCAAUGAAGAAGGUACGUAUUUGUAAUUUAUUGUUUGAAUAAAAUGUUAAAAUAAAGCAACAAUCUUUAUACUAGUACUGCUUGA